GCGUGUGCAGAAUCUCCCUGGUGUUGAAUCCUGACUCUGAUACCGGAGUGAAGGCAGUUUACCGGGGAUCUCUCGGGGUGAACUAACUCUCUGUAAUGAUGAUUCAUUUCGGAUACAAAGCAGCAGCAUUCAUCUUUUACUCACUCGUGGCCUUCACUGCUGCAAGCAAAGAUGAGAAAGAGAAGGUCUCAAAGGUCCAAGACACAUUUCCAGACAGACUUCCCCAUGAAAGUCAACUCUACCUGAGGGAGGUGGUGUUUGUCAUCCAGAGCCAGAGGAACUCCUUCCAUGCUCAGCGAGCACAGAGACUCCGAGCAGAUCUGCUCUCACAGGCUGAAGCGCUCCAAGAGAGCCUUCCAGCCAUCCUGCUUCUUCACACACUGUCUGAGAACGAGGGAGACUGGAGCAUUCUUCCCCUACUGCCUUACUUAUCCUCUCACUUUGGGAAAAACUCCUCAUGGGUGAUGUUUGUUGAAGAGGAAACGAGCGUGAAGCUGGAGAAACUUCACAGAGUCCUCAAGACGUUUGAGCGCAGAAAAGAGUGGUUUCUUGGCAAGCCGCUUCACGAUGAAGAAUCCACCAUCAUCCACCAUUACGCCUUCGCUGAGAACCCGUCUGCCUUCAAGUACCCAGACUUCAGUGCAGGCUGGGCGCUGAGCAUGCCGCUCGUCAACAGGCUCUCCAACAAAGUACGAGAACAGCCUCUGAAGUCGGACUUCACCAUAGACCUCAAACAUGAGGUGGCGCUGUACAUCUGGGAUGAAGGUAAAGGGCCUCUGCUCACGGCUGUUCCUGAACUGUGUACGUUGCCGGAGCGUUCUCCUCAAGCCCAGGGCUGUGCCACUACUGUAAACACACACUCACCACUGUGUGGUGAGCCUGUUAAAAGGGAGGACAUAUUUGUAGCGGUAAAAACGUGCAAGAAGUUCCACAUAGAAAGAGUCCCUGUGGUGAAGAAGACCUGGGAGAAACAAGCUUCACAUCUGGAAUACUACAGUGAUCACGCUGAUCCUUCCAUCCCAACCAUUGAUCUUGGUGUCCCCAACACAGACAGAGGUCACUGUGGGAAAACCUUUGCCAUCCUGAAGAGAUUCGUAAGCAGCGUCGUCCCACAAACCAACUGGUUACUCAUCGUCGAUGACGACACACUUAUCAGCUUGCCCAGACUACAAGCACUGCUAAGCUGUUAUGAUCCCACGGAGCCGGUGUUCCUCGGGGAGCGUUACGGUUACGGGCUUGGCCAGGGAGGAUACAGCUAUAUCACAGGUGGAGGAGGGAUGGUGUUCAGCAGGGAGGCUGUACUCAGGCUCUUGGCCAGCGGCUGUAAAUGCUACAGUAACGAUGCUCCUGAUGAUAUGGUAUUGGGGAUGUGUUUCAACUCUCUGCGACUUCCUGUCACACACAGCCCACUGUUUCACCAGGCACGGCCAGAUGAUUAUGCCGGAGACUUUCUAGCCCAUCAGACUCCCAUUUCUUUCCACAAGCACUGGAAUAUUGACCCGAUUGCAGUGUUUCACAAGUGGCUAAUUGAUGAUGUGCAUGGCUCCAGUACAGAACGACUCAAAAAAGCUUCUAAAGAAGAGUUAUAGCAAAUGGACUCUUUAGCCAGACGGAGACGGGGACAGGUAAAUGGACAUCCCAGAGAUUUGUGGAGCUGCUCGGUCGCCUUUAUGUCUCGUCCCAGCUUCUCUUAGAACCGUUCAGAAUUGGGCAGGCCGGUCCAUUACAGACAACGCUACGCUGCCUCCUUCCUGCCUCCUUCCUCUCCAAAUAUCUCUUAAACAGCUUUGAGGUGUGUGCAGAGUCUUCGAGAGUCACUGAGAAUUAAAAAAAAAAAAAAACAGUACUCAGAAAUGUGUUUUUAAAAGGCAAGGUGUUGUCGAUCGUUUGACAGGAAAUGUAUGUGAGAGAUAUUUAUAAUAUUGGUCAUUAUUUGCCAAAAAUAUUUUGGGUUUUUUUUGUUUUGUUUUGUGUUUUUUUUGGGAUAUGUUUUCUUUCUCUAAUUCUGUGUGUUAUAUUACUUAUAAAACUGCCA